ACACUUCCAGUUUCUCUUUCCCAGUCGAACACUGAAUUCCUACCUGAAUAGGUGUUUUUAAGGGUGGGGCGGUACUGCACUGUUUUGCAAGCUAGCUCGAGCAAGGUAAUUCGUGUGCAGGAGUUUUAUUAUUUAGCCUGCCUUUCGGUGCUAGAAUUGUUUUAAAGCUCAAUCCGAGUGCUGGUUGUAAUUAGUGGCAGGAGGGAAUGGCGCAAUGUUCUCUUGUCGUGCUCGGUCUCUGUUCCAGCGCUAGUCCACAGUGACUCCCUGCACGUUCUGGUGAGAUCUACUGCCUUUCAAGGGACUUUUGAACGAUCGCAUCGGUUUAAUAGAAACGCAACGUUUUGCUUGGAUCAAAGUUUAAUUUUCUCCUUUUUAAAACGCCGUCAGUGUAACCCGUUGACAUAAGAGACUGAGAGCGGGAGGCGACUCCCAUUUCAUCAUUUGAAGGGUCAACACGAAUAAUAGCUAAUAAUAAAAAUCGUCAUUCUGUAGGACUACAUACAUUGUCAUUUAGGCUAAAUCUUUCUAGUCGUUUGUAAUUGUUCACAUUUUCCUUUAAAAAAGAGCAAGUACAUUAAAACGAUUUAAUACAAGCCAGCUAAGCAGUGACCUGCUUGUUUUUUUUUGUUUUUUGUUUUUUUUGUGACGCCCUUGGUUAUCUGUAUUGAAGUGAACAGCAGCAAGACAGAGCCAGCGAGAAAUACUGUUGUCUCUGCGAGACAAGAAGAGGAGUGAUUAGCUUACAAAAACAUGGCAUCAGCACAAAACGAGUCUGACGAAGAACAUAAUUCACAGGAUCUGAGGAUCGUGCUGCUGGGAGUCUCUGGAGCUGGAAAGAGUGCAACAGCAAAUGCAAUACUGGGUCGAGAGGCAUUUAAAGAGAGCAGAACCAGAGAGAGUGAGAAACAGACAGGAAGAGUAGAAGACAGAAACAACUCCUUCAUCGACACUCCAGGAUUCUUCAACACUCAGCUGACUGAUGAAGAGAUAAAGAAGCAGAUGAUGAAGAGUCUUUAUCUCUCUGAUCCUGGUCCUCACGUGUUUCUGCUCGUCAUCAACCUGGAGACCUUCAGAGAGGAGCAGAGGAACAUUGUGGAGCAAAUUCAGGAGAACUUUGGAGCUCAAGCUUUGAAAUUCACCAUGGUGCUGUUUACUGGACGAGAAAAGGUCUCCAGAAGAGUACUGAAUCAAAUCAUUGAGAGUCAAGAAAUACAGAAAAUACUGAACUACUUUCAGAGAAGAUAUAAAGUGAUAAACAGCAAAAAUGAGUGUGAUCCCAGCCAGAUCAUAAAGCUCCUGAGGAGUAUUGAUGAAAUGGUGAAGAACAAUGGAGAACGACACUACAGCAAUGAGAUCUACCUGGAGAAACAGAGAAAACUCAGAGAGCAGGAGAGAAUGAAACGAGUAGAAAACAGACUAAAACAAGAAGAAGCGAGAAUGAAACCGGAGCAGGUUUGGAAAAGACACAUGGAGAUGAAGAAAAUACAAGACGACAGCGAAACAUGGAAGCAGAAAGGAGGGAUAAAUCAAGAGGAGGAAAUAAAAAUGAGCAGCAAAGAGGAGGGAAUAAAAGAUGACAAUGAGAGGAAAAAAGAAAAUGUGAGUAAGAAGAAAACACAAUAUUUGAGAGAAAACGAAGCUGCUGUUCAUGAAAAUCUCAGGAGACAGAUGGAAAGUCGGAGAGAGAAAGAAAGACAGAGAUGGAAACUAGAAAGAGAAAUCACACAAGAAAAUCUGUCAAGACCAGAUUUGAGGAUUGUGAUUCUUGGUAAAUCUGAUGUGGGAAAGACUGCAACAGCAAACACCAUCCUGGGUAGAGAUGUGUUUGGAGCUGGGGCUGUAGCUGGUACUUUAUCCUGUGAGAAACAAGAUGCAGUGGUGUCUGGAAGAGCAAUCUCAAUCAUUGACACUCCAGGACUGUUAGAUGCGCCAUGGUACAGACACUUUCAGCAUGAACUCAAGCAUGAUUUUGAGGAAUGCUUAGACAUGUCUGCUCCUGGUCCUCAUGUGUUUCUGCUGGUCAUCAGACUCAAUGGAAGAUACACAGAGGAGGAGAAAAACACAAUGAAAUGGAUUCAGGAGAACUUUGGAGAAGAUGCUGCAUGUCACAGUAUUGUUCUGCUCACUCAUGUGGAUUUGCUGAAGGAUGAAUCAUUGGAUCAGUAUAUUAGAAAAAGCCCUGAUCUACAGGCAUUGAUUGACAUCUGUGGUGGCAGAUUUCACUCAUUCAAUAAUCAGAACAGAAACAACCAAAAUCAGGUCACAGAACUGCUGGAGAAGAUCGAACAACUGAUUCAAGACAAUGGAGGAAAACAUUACACCUAUAAGAAGAGCCGAAAGAAGAAACACAGACAAGAGGACAAGAGACUAGACAACAGUGAACAUGCCACAGAGAAGGAAACAGAGUUACAUGAUCAUCUCUUCAGACUUAUGAUGGGUCUUGAGUUAAGUGAGAUGGCUCUGAGAUUGUCACUAGAAAGAGCAAUGGCACACAGCAAUCUGUCAAAACAAGACCUAAAGAUUGUGCUGCUGGGAUUACUUUCAGCAGGAAAAAGUUCAGCUGGAAACACCAUCCUGGGCAGAAAAGCAUUCCAAGCAAGUCCUGCGUCAGCCACUGAGAGCUGUGAGAAAAAAACAGCAGUGGUUUCUGGGAGAACGGUCUCCGUAAUAGACACUCCACCACUGAUGUUGUUCAUGAAUCAUCGACAAUCUGAAAUUGAGAAAAGUUUAGAAAUGUCUGCUCCUGGUCCACAUGUGUUUCUGCUGGUUAUUAACCUGAUAGGAUUCACAGAGGAAAGGAAGAACAUAGUGAAAUGGUUUCAGGAGAACCUUGAAAGAGAUGCUUUAAAUCACACAAUCGUUCUUUUCACUCAUGCUGACUGGAUGAAACUGCUGAUAGAUGAACCUAUGAAUGAGUAUAUAAAAAAAAACAAUGCUCUAAAAUCACUGAUUGACAGCUGUGGUGGCAGAUAUCACUCAUUCAACAAUAAGACAAUGCGGAACCGCUUUCAGGUCUUAGAGCUGCUGAUGAAAAUUGAUGAAAUGCUGGAGAAAAAUGGAGAGACACAUUACACCAAACAAAACCUCUUUAAAAGAGCGCAGAGAAGCAAUCAGUCAGAUACAAAACAAGAUGAUGCAGGUAGUUGUGAAAUACAGUAAGGCCUGUUUAAACCAAAAAUGACAGCGAUAACUAAAAAAAAAAAAAAAAAAAAACUAAAAAGUUGAUUAUCUCAGUUUGCACACUGUAAUUAAAUUCACAUAAUAUAACAUUAAAAUAAUUAUAAUGUUAUUGUUCAGUGGGGUGGAUGCUACCACCAUUAUAAUUUUAGUCAUGGUUCUUGAUAUGAAUGAGCCCCAUGAGUGUCUGUCAUCUGGAUGGGGGUGUUAUAUUAUUUAUGUUUAUGAACAUGAUAUGAUUUUGACAUUAUGUAUAUAAUUAAAGGAAGGAAUUAAAAUGAUCAUACCUGCUAUUACAUGACUAUUUUUACACUGGAUGGAAUGCCACUAGUGCUUAAACUUUAUUCUCCCCCAUUCCAAUAAAUACUAUUUGUUUUUGAUGUAUUAAUUUAGUUCUCACAUUAAAUUGAAA